UGCGGGCAGCCUCGGGCCGGGGUAGGAGGUGGGAGGAACCGGGGAGGGUGCGGGGGCUGGAGCUGGAGCCGACCCCUGAGGGAGCGGCUGAGAAGGUGCCCAUCGCCAGAGGGGCUCUCCACCCGAGCACAGCCUCGCGUCGCUGUCCCUGGCGUGCCCCUGUGCCUCCCGCUCCUUGUUCGGGACAUGAACUUGAUUGACAUCCUUUGGAGGCAAGAUAUAGACCUUGGGGUGAGGCGUGAGGUUUUUGAUUUUAGUCAACGACAGAAAGAGUAUGAACUUGAGAAACAGAAGAAACUUGAAAAGGAAAGACAAGAGCAGCUGCAAAAAGAGCAGGAGAAAGCCUUGCUGGCUCAGCUGGAGUUAGACGAAGAGACGGGUGAAUUUGUUCCUGUUCAGCCAGCUCAGCGCAUUCAGCCGGAAAAUACUGAGCAACCAAUCAGUUUUUCACAGACUUCAAAACCAGAGGCAGAGGCAUUGUCCUUUGAUGACUGCAUGCAGGUCUUGGCAGAAGCAUUCCCAUUUAUAGAUGACAAUGAGGCUGCUUCAGCUGCAUUUCAGUCACUGGUUCCUGCUCAGAUUGAUAACGACCCAGUUGUCAUUUCCUCUGAUCAGACUCAGCCACCUGACUCACCUGUUCUAGUUCCACUCACUGGUGCAGAGAAUAUGCAGAACAUAGAGCAAGUCUGGGAAGAAUUAUUAUCUCUUCCAGAGUUACAGUGUCUUAACAUUGAAAAUGAUAACCUGGCUGAGGUGAGCACAAUCACAAACCCUGAAACCAAGCCAACCCAGAUGCACAACAGCUAUAAUUACUACAGCUCAUUACCCAUCACGAGGAAAGAUGUUAACUGCAGUCCAGAUUUCCUGGGUAGUAUUGAGGGCCCCUUUUCCAGCGUUUUGCCACCAGAAGACACCAGCCAGCCAAGUGUGAACUCUUUAAAUGAUAUGUCCCCGUCAAACUCUGAUUUCUGUGAGGAUUUCUACACCACCUUUAUUGAUACAAAGGUGAACGGUGAUAUAGCAGCAACAAACAAUAUCAGUCAAUCGCUUGCAGAAAUUCUAAGUGAACCUAUUGAUCUUUCUGAUUUCUCACUGUGUAAAGCUUUUAAUGGAGACCACUCAGGAACUGUGCCAGAAUGUAACGAUUCUGACUCUGGCAUUUCAUUAAAUGCAAGUUCUAGUGUCACGUCACCUGUACACUCUGUUGAAUCUGCCUAUGGAGAUAAGACUUUUGGUUGCAGUGAUUCUGACAUGGAAGACAUGGAUAGUGCUCCUGGAAGUGUGUCACAGAGCAAUGUGAGCUUGUACUCUUUGCAGUUCCAGGAUCAAGUAUUUUCUUCUGUGGGGCCAAGCACUCGAACACCUAGCUUGCGGUGUACAAACACACCAAAGAAAGAACCUCCUGCUGGUCCAGGCCACCCCAAGGCUCCGUUCACAAAAGAUAAACCUUCAAGCCGCCUUGAAGCUCAUCUCUCAAGAGAUGAGCAAAGAGCAAAAGCUCUGCAGAUCCAUUUUCCUGUUGAAAAAAUCAUCAAUCUCCCUGUUGAUGACUUCAAUGAAAUGAUGUCUAAGGAGCAGUUCAAUGAAGCCCAGCUUGCACUUAUUCGAGAUAUACGCAGGAGAGGCAAGAACAAAGUGGCUGCCCAAAACUGCCGUAAAAGAAAACUGGAAAAUAUAGUGGAACUGGAGCAAGACUUGAGUAAUCUGAAAGAUGAGAGAGAAAAAUUGCUUAAGGAAAAAGGAGAGCAUGACAAAAGCCUUCGUCAGAUGAAAAAGCAACUAACCACUUUAUACCUUGAAGUCUUCAGCAUGCUACGUGAUGAAGAUGGAAAGUCUUACUCUCCCAGUGAAUAUUCACUGCAGCAAACUAGAGAUGGCAAUAUCUUUCUUGUGCCUAAAAGCAAGAAGACAGAGACUAAACUUUGAAGAGCAGCACAGCUGGCUACUGUUCAAGUUGUUAUUUUUGUAUCAUGAUCCUGAUAGUUUUUACUGUGAGGUGGAAUGUAGAGUUAGGUAAUAUUUUUAAAGUAAUUCUAUGCAAUUAUGAUUUUAAAAGUUAAUUAGUUUAUGGAAGAUGCAAGUUUAAAACUAAUUGUGUAAUGAAGACGGACGUAUGCAAAAUUUGUAAUCUCACUUUGAUAACAGACAUUUCCUUCUUAUGGUACCACUUUGACUGGUUUCCACAUACAUGUAAAUAUUUGAAGAUACCAUAUUUAUGUACUGUUCCUAUCUCUUGUUAUAUUCAUAGAUUUUUUUAUAUAUAUAUAUAUAAAUGAUUUUAGCCUUCUAAAUAUAAUUUCUUGCAAGACAAACAGUAUGGCUUUUGACACUUUUUUAUAAAUAUGCAAUAGUGUUUGUUUCCUGUUUUUCUUACACAUUUAUACUUGCUUUAUAUUUAAUAUAUAAUUUUAAUGUAGUAUAAAAGUUGAUACUGAGUGUUUGGGUUUUUAUUUUUCUCACUUCAUUUAACUUUUUUAUAGUCUAUUUCAUACAGAUUUAUUUCCCUAAAGAAGGGAAAUCCUCAGUACUUUUCAAAGGCUAAGUCUUCUUGUAGCAAAUGAGCUUAACAACCGGAGAUGUAUGACAUAGCAUGGUCAGCAGUACUAAUGCUUCAUUCAGCAUAAUUUUAACUGCCAGUUGGAAGGAUCGUGUUACACAAAGCGUCAAGUCUGUGUGAAGUUUACAUAAUUUGUUUUGGUUUUUAAACACUACUUAGGAUGCCAUCUUUCCUCCAAAGGAGUUUAAAAAUCUGUCAAGACAGUGUCAGCAUUAUCUUUUUUUUCAACUAAAAAUCUUGUACACUUGAAUAAUCCUAGAACUGCGCUCUCCAUCUGCCUUGGAUCAGCAUGCAGCCUUUGGCACUGCUGUUGCUUUGGAGCUUAUGGAAGGAGGGGUAGUGCCAAACAAUGGCACUGUUUGGAACCUGUACUUGAUUAAGUGAAAAGUGUUGUAGAGUUGAAAAGAGAUUUAUGAGAGAAUUGGGCAAAUACAUGGCACUUGUCAAAUGAACUCAUUGUACUUGAUCGUUGUGGAAUUUUUGAAUACAGAAAAUGCAUAAUUUGUAAUACACAUUGAUCUGAUUAUUAAAAACCAUAUCCUCCUCUUACAUCUUCCGUAUGAAACUUCUAAAAGGUGUGUUCAAUCUGAGAAGUGUUGGGUUUUGUUUUUUUUUCCUGUAUAAUUCCAGAAAUCUUUUCUCCAUUACAAUGUUCUGCAUAAUUUUAUAUAGUAGGAUGCAAAACCAAGUUGUUUUGCAAGACUUUAUGGUACAUUUUAAAAAAAUGGGUAGGGUAGGACCCACAAUGCCCCAGUAACGUAGGAAAAAGGGUUUAAAAAAGUACAUUGGAUUAAUAAGCCAGCCUCCCAUUAUCUCAUUAAUC